AUGCGGGCUGCAUCUACAAACAUUUGAGAAAUACUGUGCAAUAAGUCCAUCCGUGAAAUCUGCUAGCUACUAAAUAUUCCACUGUCAACUGUUAGUGGUAUUAUAACAAAGUGGAAGCAGCUGGGAACAACAGCAACUCAGCCACGAAGUGAUAGGCCACGUAAAAUGACAGAGGGGGGUCAGCGCAUGUGCAGAAGUCACCAACUGUCUGCAGAGUCAAUAGCUAAAGACAUGCAAACUUUGUGUGGCCUUAGAUUAGCAAAACAACUGUGCUCAAAGAGCUUCAUGGAAUGGGUCUCCAUGGCCAAGCAGCUGCAUCCA